CUGGGGUCAGAGGGCAUGUGGGGAGUGGGAGCAGAGGGGGUUUGUUUGCUUUCCCCUGGGCUCGGACUUUUAAUAGCAACCUGAUAUCAAGCAGGUGAAGCUGUCUGUAGGUCCUCUGCUUUCAUGUUAGCAAAAAAGGUGCCUGUCUCUUGAUAAGCUUCUGUAUGUUAGGCUGCUCUUGAAGGUACAUGAGUGGUAGUGGUGGUAGGUUUACUAGCCUUAACAAUGGACAGAAAAGGGGGCCACAGCCAAGGGUAUUUAGAAGGUGUGCAGGAGAUGGGCAGGGACUGAGCAGGGGGCAGAAGAAGAUAAGCACUGGAUGCAAAGGUAGCUAGCAAGGGAAAGAGGAGCAGGGCAGGGAUAAGUGGUUCAAAGGCAGCCAUUGAACUGGGGGGACAAAGUGUACAGAGAGACACGUGGUUAUUGGGUGUAAGUGAUGGGGGGUCCUCAUACCAAGGGAAAAAUAGGUGGGUGAAUUGAGUUGGGAGGCAUUGGAUAGUCAUGUAGUAGAAAACAGAAUUUGAAUGUGAUGAAGGAAGUGCAGCAACCAGUGGAAAGGUGCAAAGAUAAUUUGGUGGCAUGGAGAAGGAUGGGUUCCAUAUGUUUGGAAGGGCCUAGGUUGUGCAUUCGAAAGAAGGAGGUUGAUGGCUGUUAAGUCAAGUAGCACAAGUAAAAGAUACAGAGGACAGCAUGGCUGCCACUGCUGCUGUCAGUCCCAGCGAAUACUUGCAACCUGCUGCUUCUACAGCUCAGGAUUCUCAGCCAUCUCCACUAGCCCUGCUUGCAGCCACAUGUAGCAAAAUCGGUCCUCCAGCUGUAGAAGCAGCAGUUGCCUCUCCUGCCCCUCCUCAGCCUGCUCCUCGGAAACUGGUGCCCAUCAAGCCUGCUCCCCUCCCGCUGAGCUCCAGCAAGAACAGCAUUGGGAUUUUGUCAUCCAAAGGGAACCUCUUCCAAAUCCAGGGGUCUCAGCUCGGGACAUCCUAUCCCGGCGGGCAAUUGGUGUUCACUAUCCAGAACCCAACUGUGAUCAACAAAGGGGCCCGCUCACCUGCCAACAUCCAGUACCAGGCGGUUCCGCAGAUCCAGACGACAUCAGGGCAGACCAUUCAAGUACAGCAGAACUUGGGCAACCAGAUACAGAUUAUUCCCAGUACCAUCACCCCUUCUUCCUCUUCCUCGUCAGCAUCCUCUUCCUCCUCCUCAACUCAUAAGCCUGUGCCAAUCAAACCUGCGCCCGCUCAUAAGACCCCACCAACAGCUGUCCAUAACGCAAGCAACGUGGUCAAGUUAACUGGCACUGGUGGCAACGUCACUCUUACCCUGCCAGUGAGCAACCUGGUGAGUGCCGGGGACACCAGUGCUCAAACUCAGAUCGUCCCAGACAGCCCCUCCAAACCAAGCAAAAAGGCCCGGAAGAAGGUGGUGUCCUCACCCCAGGCAGCUGCGAUGGCUGUGACAGAGCAAGUGGAGACGGUCUUGAUAGAAACGACGGCCGACAACAUCAUCCAAGCAGGGAACAACCUGUUGAUUGUGCAGAGCCCGGGAUCUGGGCAGCCAGCGAUGGUCCAACAGGUGCAAGUGGUCCAACCCAAACAGGAACAGCAGGUGGUUCAGAUUCCACAGCAGGCUCUGCGCGUGGUCCAGGCAGCCUCGGCCACUCUUCCAACCGUUCCUCAGAAAUCCCCACAGAACUUCCAGAUCCAGACAACUGAGCCAAUUCCCACUCAGGUCUAUUUCAAGACGCCUUCCGGUGAGCUGCAGACAGUGCUUCUGCAGGAAGCCCCAAGUGUAACUGUGGCACCUUCUUCCACUGCCUCCUCUGCCACUUCCUGCAGCAGUCCUGCACCCCGCACCUCCCAGACAGGAGGAAGUACCAAAAAGACAGGGGCUCGCAAAGAGCGCGCCCUGCCAAAGAUCGCCCCUGCCGGAGGCAUCAUCAGUCUCAAUGCUGCUCAGCUUGCUGCUGCUGCUCAGGCAAUGCAGACCAUCAGCAUCAAUGGGGUGCAAGUUCAAGGCGUUCCUGUCACCAUCACCAACACAGGAGGCCAGCAACAGCUGACGGUGCAAAACGUCUCUGGCAACAACCUGACCAUCAGCGGACUGAGCCCCACCCAGAUUCAGCUGCAGAUGGAGCAAGCACUCCUGGGGGACCUGCAGCCCGGGGAGAAGAGACGGCGGAUGGCUUGCACUUGCCCCAAUUGCAAGGAUGGGGAAAAGAGGCUGGGGGAUCAGGGGAAGAAGAGGCACAUCUGCCACGUGCCUGAAUGUGGCAAGACCUUCCGCAAGACCUCCCUGCUCCGGGCCCAUGUGCGCCUGCACACAGGGGAGCGCCCUUUCGUCUGCAACUGGGUCUUUUGCGGGAAGCGAUUCACGCGAAGUGACGAGCUACAGCGGCAUGCCCGGACGCAUACAGGCGACAAGCGUUUUGAGUGUGCCCAGUGCCAAAAGCGCUUCAUUAGAAGCGACCACCUGACAAAGCACUAUAAAACUCACCUGGUCACCAAGAACUUGUAGGGCUGGGUGCAAUCGGAAAAGGAAAGGGAGCAGUGUGGGUGCCGACGACCCUUUGCCACGAAGGAUGGUCUCUGCGAAAGGACAGCGACAUGCCCAAGCAACCCUCCUGACUGGGACAACAUCUGCACAAAGAAGGCAGUAACAGCCGCUGUUCUUUCCAUCGGAUGACCUCCGCCUCCUUGCACACUCUGUCAGAACCUCUUGGAAGGUGCAUCAGACGCUGUGGUUUCAGUCUGGGAUGAAGGAGAAACAACGUCGCUUCCAAGCGAAUUGGCUAAAAAUCAGCACAAAGCCCAGUAGCGGGCAGGGAAAGGGUGGGGGUGGGGGAGGAGUUAGCAAGGCAAAGUGCAUCCACCCAGUGGCCUGAGGAGCCCACCAAGCAAAUGCCCUGCUCCGCCGCACCAAAGGGCCUCUUUGUGUGUUUGAUAGUAGCACCAGCGAAACUAUACCCCACUUGUAAUCUUGAUUCCCUCUUCCCGCCCACCUCUAUGUGCUUGUGAAGCUUUUGAAUGGUGGGCAGGGAAGCCGCCCAAAAUGGGACUCUCUCUGCACCCCCAGCACAUUCCUACUUUAUAUUUAAAAUUAUAAAUAUCUAUAAAUAUAUAUCUAUAUCUAUAUUAAAAAAACAAAACCUCCUUAGGAAGCCCCCUGUUUUUUCUACGGAGAAGGUUGCCUUAUAUUUUCCUCCAAAUUAUGUAUUGUGAGUUGUUGUUGUUUUUUAAUUUAAUGAUUCCUCCUUUUUUAAAAGAAAGUCUCACUCCAAGGAAAGAUGCAGGCACAGUCCCAAGCCCCUGUGCUAAGGCAAGAGCUCUGCACCCAGGCCUGUGAACUAGGGGAGUGGGGUGCUCUUGUGUGUACACACGGAGCUUUCUAUGGUGUGCAAGCAGCAGCACUUUGCUCAGGAGAGUGGAGAAAGUCUUAUGUGUGAACGGGAUCCCUUGUUUGUUUGUAGCAGAACGGAUGGAUCAGAGCCAUGUGCCCUGAUGCAGACAGCCACGAGGGCAGCAGAAAUCUGCUCUUAACACAUGCGAGGCACUUGGCAAACCCUGUGGUGUAUAGCAUGCAGUUCAGCACUGAACGAAAGAUGCAGCUCCAUGUGUGGAAACAGAUUGUUUUUAAUGCAUUGGAGUGAUGGGCUGCAACCCAGUGGGAGGUUGCAGACUGCCGAGCCCUAUUGAAGUGAGCUAAUUAUUUGUGUGCCGAAAUGCAAGCAUUGUUUUUCCAGAACUGAAGGUUGUUCUCUCUCCUCUCUCCCUCCCACUCACCUUAUGUUCCAUCAUAUUUCUUUCCAGAAAACUAGUGUUACCUCCCGCUUUUUUUUCUAAAACAGAAGUCCGAUACAGCCCCUUUUGUGUAUUAUAGUGUAUAUUGUAUCAUAGACUAUAUAUUGCGUUAUGUGUUUCCUACAUGUUUCAGAAGCAUACGGCUUGUUAUUUUUGAGCUUUUAAAUUAAAAAAAAAUCCACUUUA